GCCUGUGCUCUACUGGUCUUCACAGCGUGCGGCAUCAACUUUUCGUUCGGAGUCUACCAGGAACACUAUGACACUCUCGGAGGACCGUUCCGUGAUGCCACUUCAGGUCAAAUCAGUGUUAUCGGGACUCUGGCAUCCUCCAUGAUGAUGAUUGGCGCACCUGCGGUCGAUCCACUGGUGAGAUGGUACGGCACUCCGGCCGCUGUGACGCUUAGUGGUAUACUCUUCGUGGUAUCGGGACUUGCAGCGUCUUUCGGAACCCAUCUUUGGCACUUUCAGCUCGCUCAAGGAUUUCUUCAAGGUUGCGCUGCUUGUCUAGCUUAUAUUCCGGCUGUCGUGAUCGCUCCGCGUCUUUUCCCGGCCCACCGUGGUUUAGCAACAGGAGUGGUCACAAGUGGUACUGGACUUGGGGGAGUGAUGUGGGCGCCACUACUUCGGCAUGCUCUCACAAGGCUCGGCUACCGAACGACUUUGGUCUUUGCUGGCUUGUUUGCAGGUGUAUUGAUAUUCUCUGCGGCGACCGCUCUGCUAAGAGUUGACACUUUGCCUUUGAAUCAAGAGCACUCGAACCGGUCAAACAACGAUGAAUGUCCACAGUCAACGGAAAUCCAACAACCUCGAAUCUUGCUGGCACAUGUGAUGGCAAGCUCCUUCCAGUCGGCCGCAUACUUCACGCCCAUAUACUUCAUGUCAUCACUGGCCCGGAGCCUUGGAUUUUCCGAAAUCUCAGGGGCGAACAUCAUUGCUCUGUGCAAUCUUUGCAAUUGCGCUGGCAAAAUUCUUGUUGGCCACGCUGCAGACAAGGUAGGACGACUGAAGCUCCUAAGCAUCUCAACUACGGUCAGUGCGCUGGCUACGUUCGGCAUUGCUGCCGCUGCGACCUCUCCACUACCGCUCAGUGCACAAAGAACAUCGUUGUUGCUAUAUGCUGUGACAUAUGGCUCGUCAGCUGGAGCGUACGUUGCAUUGUUACCAACGGCGAUGAUCGAUCAAUUUGGAGUCAGCGGCUUCGCAAAGAUCAACGGCACACUGUAUAUGUAUCGUGGUAUUGGAGCGCUGGCUGGAACGUUCAUUGCGGGUUCAUUAAUG